CAGCAACACUCCAUGCCUUCCUGUCGGAGUAGGGCCUGUACAAGCAGUCCCGAAGCACCCAGCAAGGAUUCAGAUGCUAGUGUCCAGAAUUCACAGCACCCACCUCCACCGACAUCAAAGACCCUGUCCGAGCCUGAAUCAAGGAAGUAUGCCGCAACAUGGCGGAGAAAAAGGACGCUCGCGCUUAUAGUUUUAAUGGGCAUGGCGAUCACGGUCGCCGUUGUCCUUGUCAAGAGAUUUUCAGGAGCUGAAUCGGAUAUUCAGAGCCCUGGGCCAGGUGAGCAAUCAUCUACCGCGAUUCCUGGCCUUCACGAUGUCAUCCAAAACUUAAGUGGGGGUCAGGCAGCCAUUGCCACGGAUAUGCCACUUCCUGCAUCGACAGACGAUGAGACCGGUGUCACGUUUUCGAAAGAAACCCCUGCAAUAUUGACGACUCCAAAGAAUUUGUUCUCACAGACGAAGGACUUCCUUUCCUCGGCGCCGCUUGCCAACCAGCAAAAGGGGGCAGCAGUAACGCCUGACGCAGCCUGCUUCGUUGGCGACAUGGAAGAACUGGCGGAAGCUCUCGCGGAUGAUUCCGAAUGUACCGUCAUUACUCUCGUGUCUACGUCCUCCAGGGACGGAGUCUCCGGCGACGGCAACAGUAUCCCGUCGGCUGCUGCUCAAACUCCUUUUGUCUUUCGAGAUGAGAUCCUGGUUUCAAAGCGGGUGAUCAUUCAGGGCAAUAGCGUACUCCUUCCUUUCCUUGACUGUUCUCAGUCGAUAAGGUGCUUCCGUGUCAUGGACGGCGGUUAUUUGGAAUUGCGCUAUGUGCGGAUCAACCAGUCGGACAAGGGUGUGUUGCGGCCAGUGAAUCCUUUGUACGAAGGGUUCACUGUGACGGGCAUGGUACGAGAAUAUCGGGGGAGUUCGGUCUACUUUGAGCCCGGUGCGACGGGUGGGAGGUUUCUGGGCGUGUAUUUUGACGACGAUCAGAGCGACGAGACGGAUUGGAUUGUCGAACAAAGCUUUGCCUUGACUAGUUUCCGAAUCUAUGGAGGUUUCGUCUUCAUGGCCGGGGGCCGUUUGCAAUUUGAACUGUGUCUGUUUUAUGAUUUCGAAUUUGUAACCCCGUUGGAUCGCAUCUACUUGGGUGGUGACGUAUUAGUCCUGGCCGGGGAGGUGUCCUUCACGGGCUGCGUCUGGGCAUACAUCACCUUCCUGGGGUUUGAAAAUGGUGCGGGAUUCAAUGUCGCCAUGCUGGGAGGCGUGGCCAUCUACACAUUCUGUCAGUUUUUCGAGCUGAACGGCGCUAUCGCCAUGAACGGGGCGGGGCAAUCCUUCUUUGUGGCCGGGGGGGUCCAGGUGUUGACAGGCGUCUCCCUCACGUAUCAGACCGCCGUUGGACUUUUCAGUGGAACGGGGGAGAUGAGCGUGAUGGCCGGCGUGCAAAUCGUCACAGGACUUCAUCUUUUGGAUGUGUACGGGGUCUUGGCGGCUUACGGCACAGGACUGGACUACUGCCUGUUUGAAGGCGUCAUGGUGCACCUGGCUUCCUAGUUUGGGUUGGAGGUCCCUUUGUGGAGUACAGUGCCAUCGAGGUCUUCAAAGGCUACGGCGGGACUCUCUUUGUAGGGACGGGAGCCUUGGUCGUCGGCUACUCCCCCUUGGCGGAAGCGAUUGCCAUCGUUCCCCCCCACAAAGAU